GGUUUAAGGGACCGUUAAUUUCUGAUUUCUUCAAAGCAAGGAUUCGUUUUAGGGUUUUGGCCUUUGUCAUUGCAGUAAAUGGUCUUGUGGCGUCGACCUCGGGUGAGUCCCGUUUCGAAUAUCCGGCGAUUGUGUACUGCAUUACGGCGUUGUGUAGAGGACGAGGGUGACUGGUUCUACUCAUCGGAAUGGUGGGGAACGGACUCCGAUGGCCACACAAUUAUCCGUUCGACUUCCGAUAAAGGAAACGGCGUCGUGUCAGUCCUUGCUUACCCUUCUUCCCGACCGUACGAAAUUUACUGGCCGGAGACAGAGAAAUGGCUUCAGCGGAGGUAUGCAGAAAUACAUCCAGGUCAUGAACACAAUGAUAGCUUUAGAAUACUUGGAUAUCAAUGGCGUACUCUCCGUUUUAAUGACGAUACACGCCAGAGCACUGCUAAAGUGAUGGCUGCGUACCGGGAAUCGGAACCUGGCUCUGUUUGUUUAAUGCAGCAACCACAUUGUCUGGCUGUUCCAUAUGUUAAGAGUAUGGUAUCAGCUGGUUUUGCUAGCAUAGCAUCUUCUGAUUAUGACCUAUUGAAGGCAAUACAAGGGAAGAAAACAAUGCAUGUGCUCUGUAUUGGUCAUGGUGGUGGAAGCUUGCCUUUGUUUCUGGCCAGUAAAAUUCAAGGUGCCAUUGUUCACAUCGUUGAGAUCGACCCCCUUGUUAUAUCCACUUCAAUUCAAGCAAUGGGCUUUCCAUCUUAUGCAGUUAUUAAACCAUCUGGUGAGCGUGCCCUCCCAAAACCGAGUACCAUGGAUGAAGUACUGUGGAAGGGCAUCCAUGAGAGGCUUUACCUCUUUGAAUCAGAUGCUGAGAAGUUUGUUCUUGAAACCACAAAUCUAUACGAUAUGGUAUUCAUCGAUGCUUACGAUGGUGAUGACGUCUUCCCUCACAAGUUAUGGGACCCAAAUUCCUCAUUCCUCAAAGCUCUCAGUGACCAUCUGCAUCCUGCACAUGGAACUGUGGUGGUGAACCUUCAUUCGGAUUACGAUAUAUUAGACUCUGGCAAUUGUGCUUCAUAUUUCUACCAGACGCAUCUACCAAUGGGAAAGUAUGUCGGCGAAGUAUGCCAAGCAUACAAGGAUGUCCUGUUGGGAAAUGGAAAUUGUGGUGAUGGCAAAGAAGGUUUUGGUGCGGCAUUCACUGUUGCGGUUCCAUGGGUUUGUAAUACAUCUCUUGUCGUAUGCAGGGGAUUCGGGAGCAAUAUUAGGUGUGGUGGUAAGCAUUUUGUUGCUGAUGCAGUGAUGUCAAAAUCCCUUGAAGUUGAACAUAUGUUAAACUUACCAUUCUCAUGUUUGCAGUUUAUAAAAAGAGGUUUUGUCCUUGUUGAUUAAGGCCGACUGUUUCUCCUUCACUUAGCCUGAGAAACAAACUUAUUUUAGAAAUGGGCCUUUUGUCUACUUCAAGAAUUUUACUUGGUCCAUGUAAAUUUUGGGUACUUGGAGGGUGUACUUUGUCCAGGUACCUUAGCAAUUUAUUUCCUUAUUAAUCCUAACAAUGAUUUUAAAUUUAUGGUUCGAUCUUCGAACUCGAGAAUA